ACCAAACAUUGCCCCCAACAUGGGAGGUGCAGCAGCGGAUACGAGGGGAUUGCAGUAGUCGGCAAAAGACGAUUUGAACACAACCCGGUCUACUACAGUCCUUCACUUUGAUCUGAUUUCAUUAUUAAUACGUCGAAACGCACCCUCACCGCCGCUCGGUCGAAAAUCACCCACAGCGGGCAACUGUUUAAUCCACGGCGGAGCAAGUUGACGGUCCAUUUUUUUGCUUUCCGUCUCAAAAGCACAGUGUGUCAGUUCGUAUGAAGAUUUAUUUGCAGACAGACUUGAAUAAUGUCAACGACAUCGCUGGAUAAAGAGCUGCAGGAGCGUCUGAGAGAGGCCAGUGCCAUCGGAGACAUUGACGAGGUGAAGACUUUGGUGGAAAGCGGAGUCAACGUCAACUCUCAGAAUGAGAUUAACGGAUGGACGUGUCUGCAUUGGGCCUGCAAAAGAAACCACAAACAGAUAGUGGCCUAUCUGCUGAACAACGGAGCAGACAAAGACAUCCUCACAGCGAAAGAGGAGCUGGCCGUCCAACUCACCUCCAAACCUGAAAUCAGAAGACUACUUGGAGUGGAAGAAGAAGACGAGCCUGAGGUGAAGGAACCAGAGCUGCCAAUCAUUCCCAACUAUCUUUCCAACCCACCCUUCCUGUACAGCAAGAUGAACAAAGACAACCUGAGUAUAGCACAGCAAAACGGCACCAACAGCACUCAUCCAGAGCCCCUGGAGUCUGAACCGGCCACUCUCUCGCCAACACAAGAACAGCAGCUUCCAGCGCCUCCACAUCAGCAGCCCAAGAGCCUUUACACAGACAGCCAGAGCCAGCAGGAGCUGACCUUCGUCCCCGGCGUGGAGCAGAACGGCAUUGUGCCGAGCCCCGUGGUGAACGGCGGCCUGCCCAUGGAGCUCUCGUCAGAGACUCAUCACACUAACCACUGCGAGUUCACACACGCUCAUCCCAUAGCGCAGAACGGCCCUGUGUGUCCCAGCGCAAGCACCAGCCAGCCUCCGCAGCUCCCCGGCGCCACCAUCAGCCGGCAGCAGUCCAUUCCGCCGCAGAUCAACUGCUCCCAGAUCAGCGGCUCCAUGCCUGCCUUCCAGCCCUUCUUUUUCACCAGCACUUUUCCUGUUAACGUACAAGAGCUCGUCCUGAAGGUGCGCAUCCAGAACACAAACGUCAGAGAGAAUGACUUCAUCGAGGUGGAGCUGGACCGGCAGGAGCUGACGUACCGCGCUCUGCUCCGCGUCUGCUGCCGGGAGCUGGACAUCAGCGCGGAGCACGUGGAGAAGAUCCGAAAGCUGCCCAACACUAUGCUCAGAAAGGAUAAAGAUGUGGCACGGCUACAGGAUUUCCAAGAGCUGGAGGUGGUGCUGGAGAAAACCGAAGGCUUGUCGCUGUUCUCUGGUCAGGGCGGUCUCACCGACAGGCCCUGUUACAACAUGAAGGCCUCCAGACUCACCUACUAGCUUCCCAAUCAAAGACUCGCCGUGAAUCUGGGACCUGCUGCCUGAACUCCCAGACACGUUUCAGAUCCCAAAAUAUGGGUUGGUAAACGGUUCAGAAAAACAUGUUAGCCUUAUUCCUCCUCUCCAUUAUUAACAGAUGCAUCCUUAGUGCCUCUCCUUCUCCAUCGUAUAACCAUAGAUGGCUUGUUUUUAUAGGCUUUAACUUGAUCUAGGGUGGACGGGAUUUGCUCAAGGCUUCAAUUUGAAUAUUUAAAUCCAUUCAGCUGACGAUUGGACUUGAAAAUGCACCACUUUUGCAUACUGUCAGGCUCCACUGCCUCAUAUAAGGUCACUGUGUCGAACAAAUGUACAGCGUCCCAUCUCAACAGGCACUAAACUCUUGUUUAUUGGUUGCAUUGAGUGGCCACGUUGAUAUCAUACCAAAUCAUAUCAUAUCAAUGCGUUGAAUUAUUCAGUUUUUGCCAGACAACUCUGUGCACUUUACCAAAACCUUGCGAUUUAUUGAAGGCGCGUCCGUUUUAUUAGACCUCCUUUUAAUUUCAGAACUGUAUUUGAAUGCUGUUCAAUCACUAUAAGCCAAAUAACUCAUAAUUAGCAUGGACUGUUUGGAGUCUCAUUGGUUUGUAUGAAGGCAGAAAUGUCCCGUUUCUCUAUGUAGCAAGAGAUUUCUUCGUUUUCCCCUUUGUAGGAGCUGAAUUGGAGAUAAAUAAUAGGAUAGUUAACCACUGAGAGCUUCCAGAGAGAAUCAUUCUGGGUUUUACAAUGCUUGGUUCUCCUGUAUUUGAGGAACAGGAUCUGUGUUUGAGGUAUAGAGGUAAUAGUAGUGCCAUUUUACUAAACUCUUUGCUGCAUUGUUCGCGUAUGAGCAUAAAUUAAUAACGGGGAAUGCUUGAGGUUAGGUUUAGAAGCGGUGCAUUGUUGAAACUCUACAUUAGAUUCUGUCUUGAUAGACAUUUUGUUACUGUAAGAAUUUCUGACGAUUUGUCUUACGGAUUGGUUUUAGUUUUUCUUGACUUGUCUUAACUGAACAUUAAACAUUUGUUAACAAUAUGCUACUACUAUUGUUUAGAUGUAACGUAAGCCCCUUGAAAAGACGUUGAUAAAUUAUUGGCAUAGGGUUUUUUAUGUGCAAUUUUUUUUUAGUAUUCUAUAAUACUAGAAGCUGAGGAUUAAAAAGAAGUAUUGUACACUUCGGUUGAAAUAAAACAAUCUCAUUUUCUGUUCUUUCA